AUGCGGCCGCACCAGCAGCCGGCCCACCAGGUCGAAGAGGCGGGCGAAGCCGAGCGGCGUGCAGAGCAGCAGCAGCAGCACGCCGAAGCUGGAGAUGAAGGAGUAGAGCAGCGGCAGGUGCGCGGUCCACACCGUCUGCAGGCUGCGCCGGCCGCUCUCGCCGUCCAGGAAGGCCGACAGCACGUACGCGAUGCCGACGACGAGGACGGCGAGCAGGGAGAGCACGUGCGCUCGUGCAGCGCGCCCGUGUCGACGGUGCGCUCGGACAGCGCGCCUGUGUCAACAGUGCGCUCGGACAGCGCACCUGUGUCGACAGUGCACUCGUGCAGCGCGCCUGUGUCGACGGUGCGCUCGGACAGCGCGCCUGUGUCAACAGUGGGCUCGGACAGCGCGCCUGUGUCGACGGUGCGUUCGGACAGCGCGCCUGUGUCGACGGUGCGCUCGGACAGCGCGCCUGUGUCGACGGUGCGUUCGGACAGCGCGCCUGUGUCGACGGUGCGCUCGGACAGCGCGCCUGUGUCAACAGUGCGCUCGGACAGCGCGCCUGUGUCGACGGUGCGUUCGGACAGCGCGCCUGUGUCGACGGUGCGCUCGGACAGCGCGCCUGUGUCGACGGUGCGCUCGGACAGCGCGCCUGUGUCGGCGGUGCGCUCGGACAGCACGCCUGUGUCGACAUCCGACUUCGGAUCCCGAGGAGUGUGA